GCCGGUCGCCGGCCGGGCAUGCGCCGCUGCCGCCGCAACCCCGCAGCGUCGCGCCGCCCGACAGGUACCGGAGCGGCCGGGGCAGCUUGGUAACGUGACGACCACGCGCAGACAAUCAUCGGGCCAAGAGCGACCAUUCUACACUGAUCCACCAAUCCAUCGUAGGAAGUAGUCUGGCAACCAUCCAGUGAGAUUUCUACGCCGUAACAAGUGUCACACUGCUACGAACGUUCGAAUUCUGGUUUUAACCGUUUACUUCUGUUUUCCAAACUGCAGCAUCUGUGAGCUAUUUAUUUUUGGUGCAUCAGAAGUUACGGUAAAUACAGAUUUCCCAUCGUUGGGUCAGAAGCUCAGCCAAGGAAGAAACAUGACGAUCGGCUGAGUCGGCUGAGUCGAUGAAUGAAAAAACUUGCUGAGGCUAUCGUGUGCUGCUCUAUUACACUGGACGACUCGCCUCACCUGAAACUUUCUCGCAAACACUUUCAUCGUCUGUUAGUUUCAGAUUUAUCAGUGAUGACCGUUCCUGCUUCUGACAGCAACUAGAUGAUACUCAAAAAUGGAAUCUUCCCUUCAGUCUGGAGUUCAAACGGAAACCGUACUUCUGUGUCUGAUGCUUGUUCUUUGCAUUGAUGGAUCGACGCGAAUAUGUAGCACCAACGUGAAUGUGUUGUGGUACAGUUGGUUGACCAGAACGUUGCGAUCAAGUAAACUAGGAGUACUUUCAGGAAGGAAAUGUCAUGGUAUUCAACUAUCACCGUACAAAUCUCAUAGUUACUUCACCGUACACUGACAAGGUUUACAGUUUUCGUUUAGCUAUAUUGUAGGUGUUUUCUUAUUACCUCGUGUUGUUUCUCCUUUUGUGAUGUAUGCGUUUCUGCAGUUGAACCUUUGUAGUUAGUUAAUUAUGUGUGCUAAAUAAAGGCCAAAGAAGAUUAUAACAUGUCUGAGAAACAUAGCCUGCUCUGAUUCCUUAUCAAAGGUCACUUGGACAGAAUCCAAAACUAUUUCUACACUCAAGUAAUAUUUUCGCUGAACAUGUUACGUGUAUAAUUGCUACAUGAUAGCUAGGUAACCUGCUAGGUGUUCAUUCAGGUGAGGUGUGACUUGAGUGAUUACAGAAGCCGACUUAGGAUUAGAACAAAAGCACCUGUGGUACAAAACAAGACCUUUCUGACGACCUAUUGGCCACAAACAGAUUCCCAAAGUGAUCUAGAGUGGUCGCCGUGUGGAAUUCGACAGAUCCUUUCGGUUCUGCACGCCAGAACAUCGCUUCUGACUUGAGCACCUGUAGCGGAGGAGGGCCACAUCUGCGAUGGACUCUGUCAGCGGUGGCGCCGAGUCCGGCAACGGCUCACUAGAGACCCAGUGGUGUCCUGAGGAGCCCGAGAUCGCGUGGACCGAGGGCCGCAAUGUGGCCACGCUGGGCGUGCUCGCCAUCAUCGACGUCAUGGUGGUGGCGGGAAACUGCCUGGUGGUGGCCGCCGUGUUCCUGUCGCACAAGCUGCGUUCCGUCACCAACCUCUUCAUCGUCUCGCUCGCCGUCGCUGACCUCCUGGUCGGAGUCGCCGUGCUGCCCUUCAGCGCCGCCUGGGAAGUAUUCAAGUUCCAGGAAAUCCAGAAUCCAAUGUCAUCAGAAAUGGAGCCGCGGAGAAUAGGGUUACAGGUGCGGAAUACAGACAGGACGCGCAACAACGCCCUGCUCUAG